UAGUCAGAUUAGGCAUCAAUCAAUUGAUGUGAUGUCUGUCUUCCUGAAGAACAUGAUGAUCGUCAGAUCACUCUGCCAGAUGUCCAAGAGGUCAAGGAUUCCAUCAAGUCAACCGUGGCUUCCUGUGUAAAAAGAGACACCUGCACAUCUCAAUCAAACCAUCUUUGUGAAAAGAAUUCUUUAUUGAAAGUGCAACAUUGCCAUUACAGUCAAACAUAUAGGUCAUCAUCAUGUUAUUUACAAAGUGCUCCUGUUUUACAAAGACGAUAUUUAAGGCAUAAUUUUACAUGGAAAGAAAGACAAUCACAAAUAUCAUAUAAUCAUUUCUGUGGAAGAGGACCACAUCCCAAACCAAUGUCUGCUGUUUGUGCUAAUAGAUAUUUACCAAGAUUGACAUGUAAAUCAUCAUAUUUUUCCUCUUCUUUCCACUCAAAGACAAUCUUUUCAAAGGAAGUGUCCAUGGUCGGACACUUCAAACUUCAUCUUUUUCCACUUCUGUAUGUCGUGCAUGCUCAAAGGAAUUUAACAGAACCUGUCCACCUUGGAGAGUGUUAUUUUUUGGGUCUGAUAGGUUUUCCUUAACAGCCCUAAAGGCUUUACAUGAAAACAUGGUAAAAACGGAGCCAGAGUUCAAGGUCGUUGACAGUUUAGAAGUUGUAUGUCCUGUAGCAGUGACACCUGUAAAGAAUUAUAGCAAAGAGGUGGGGUUAAAUAUUCAUGAGUGGCCCGUCAAAAUUGACAAAGGAACAUUUGAUGUUGGAGUACUGUCUUCUUUUGGAAAGAUGAUUCCAGCUCGAAUAAUCAACGCCUUCCCAUAUGGGAUUAUCAACAUCCAUCCAAGCUUACUUCCUCGAUGGCGUGGAGCCGCUCCGAUCCCUCACACAAUUCUCAGUGGAGAUACAAAUGCAGGCGUUACCAUAAUGGAAUUACGUGCAAAACAUUUUGACACUGGUCCUAUACUGCUACAGAAGUCAAUUCCUGUACCAGAGGGCAGCACCAGCUUUCAGCUUUACGACCUACUGGCUGUCCAGGGUGUAAAGUUGAUGCUGGCAGCUCUGUGUGAUUUACCAACACUAGGCAGGCUAGAAAUGGAGCAGCCGUCCAGUGGUAUAACUUAUGCUCCGAAGAUUACAGCCGGGAUGGAGUUUGUAGACUGGGAGAACUCGACUGUCUGUGAUAUAGAUCGUCAGUACAGAGCUAUCCAUGAAAUUAUGCCACUGAGGAGUAAAUAUAGAGGCCAGAAUGUGAAGUUGUACGACAUGAGUCCUAUCAAAGCCAUUCCAGAUGAAGUCAUAGAACCGUUGGUCCAGAGGCUGUACAAUGUUUCCAGUUCCUCCAUGAUACGUCCCGGGCGGACAUACUUCCUUAAACACCAGCAUUGUCUGCUAAUCAAAUGCAAGGACGGAUGGGUGGGGUUCCACAGGAUUGGUAUGAAGAAAGUACUAUCAGCUCAGUCCUUCUACAGUGGAUUUCUGUCUCAACCUGGAAGUGUACACAACUGCUUCGAAAGUCAGCCCAACACUUUGAAAACUUCUACAACUCAGGACAUCCAGAAUGCUGUCCGUGUUAAACAGUGAAAAAUACAACUCAUGAUACUCAAACGCUGUCCGCAAUCAACAAAGUAAUGAUCUUGUGUCAUUUAUAGAUACCUGUCAAAAUAUAAAAACUGGAAUACUGCGAAACUUAAUUGUUGAAACUUACAACAAGUAUUAGAUUUAAGAACGACAUUCAAUGACUACACCCUGGCAUAUUUAUCAGACAGAUAAUCAUGAUCAGUGACGUGUUAAUUGUAUGUACACCGAGGUGUUAAUGUUUAAGAAGUAAUCAAAUCAACAGGUGCUUUUUUCAUCUACACUCUGAUUUAUGUUUCUCAAACUUCACAUGUAGGUUCUACUUUUUCUUGUAAUCAGAUUAUUGUGAAAAAAGAAAGAGAGAAGUAGAGAAAUCAGUCUGACAGGACCAAUGCAGAUGUGGUGGUGACUUUGUAAUUGAAGAAUAUUGGCUCAUAUUUCCUUGGGAGUAAAACUAUCCUAUUUAUCUAAAGAUCAUUUAUAGCUUUUACUACAUGGAAAAAUACCUAGUUUCAUUUUGAUGACUAAACUUUAUUCAAAAAGGAACGCUAGCUUCUUUAAACAAUUUGAAGACCAAAUAAGCUGCUAUAUUUAUAUGUGUAAUAUAUACUCUUAAAUUUUGAUCUAUUCCACAUAAAUUAAGUGUUGAACAUGUAUGUAUAGAUGAUCGAUCAAUUUUUUAAUGAGAAAACCCUGAUUUGUAAAUUUAGGCUGUCAUCCAUAUACAUGCACAUGUAUUAAUUUUUAAAGCAACAAAAUGUUAGGCUGUGAUAGAUUUCACUUGUAAAUCUGUUUUCAUUAAAAUAUAUAUAUGAUGUCAGCUAGUCUGCUGGUAAAAUUUCACAACGUACAUUUAAUAUUCAUCUUGUGAAAUAUCUGUGGUUAAACCCCUCAUAAUAAAUAUGUCCAACACAGAAAAACCAUAAAUAAAUUUUAUUGAAAUUUUAACAAUUCAUAUUCCAUCAAUAAAUCAAUUUAUUGAAUUUUUGCCAGUGAAAUAUAGAAAUUUAUCAAACUAA